GACCACACAGUGGCGUUGCAUCAAAUAUAUAACUUCAAUACUACGUGCUUCGACCAAGGUCCAAGGCACUGCGAAUGGCGCGCGCUAUGCUUAUAGUGAUUACAUGAUAUUUUCUAGCGCGUUGGUGUUACGUCGUGACGCGGAGACACUAACGCGUCGACUGACUACUAAUACACUAUGGUGGCGGUGCAGCUGCUUGCCUCGCUGGCGCUUCUUGUAAUAACGCUGCCAAGCGAAAUUGACGCCCAAAUGUCGCACAAUUAUGCGAGUGUGUUGGGACUGAGCUAUAGGUUCUAUGAGGCUCAGAUGUCUGGCAACGUGCCUUCCUGGUCGCGUGCCUCCCAGGCGGCCGGCGGCUGGCGCAACAAGAGCCACGCCCUCGAUGGCACUGGCCCGGGCGGAGUGAACCUGGACCUGUCAGGCGGCUGGUAUGACGCGGGAGAUCACCUGAAGCUGCACCUGCCUCUGGGCGUGUCGGUGAGCCUUCUGUCGUACGGCGCCCUCACCUUCGAGGCCGCCUACCGCGCCGCGGGCCAGUGGGACAUCGCCGUGCGCAACCUGGACUGGGCGGCCUCCUACAUCGCCAAAUGCCACACACAGGCCAGCGACACACCCGCCGACAACAAGUUCGUGGCCCAGAUUGGCGAUGUGGCCACGGACCACAACACCUGGUGGGGCCGGCCGGAGCAGCAGCCCGAGGGCGGCGCCCAGGGCUCUGCGGGCUAUCGACCCGUGUACGUCAUCACGUCAAGCAGCGGCAAGGGCGCUGACAUUGUGGCAGAGGCGGCGGCGUCGCUGGCCAGCGUGUCGCUGCUCCUCAAGCGCCCUGGCACCUACUCCAACACCACCAAGGCCGCGGCAUUCCUCGCGCGCGCCAAGCAGCUCUUCGAGUUCGCCAAGACCCUGACCGGCGGAACGUGGGCGCCGCCUGAUAACAACGGCGCGUACGGCAGCUCCAGCUGGAAUGACGACAUGGCCUGGGCGGCGGCGUGGCUGUGCAGGGCAAGCGUGGAUGAAGGCGUGACGCCGACCAACAGCGCCGCCUGCGCCGCCGCCCUUGCGUACUGGAAGCCGUUUGUGGGCAACGCAUGGGAGGUGCAGGACGUGAACUGGGACCGCAUGGCCGGUAUGGCGGCGGUGCUCCUCCGCGACGUGGGCGCCGGCACCGCCACCGACGUCGCCACAUACAACACCGCCAUCAACGCUGUGCUGAGCCGGUGGAUGGAGCCCGGCACACGCACGUGCAGCAGCGGCGCCGCGCCGCCCUGCUACACCUCGGGCGGCUUGGUUUGGGGCAGCGAGUGGGGCAGCUGUCGGCACACGGCCAAUGCGGCACUGGUGGCGCUGGCGGCGGCGCGCGGUGACGCCGGCGCGGGUCUGGAGGUUGCCUACAGCACGCGUGUGAAUCGCAACUGCUGGGCACGAAGCCAGGUCGACUACAUGCUCGGCAGCAACCCGCAGAGCCAGUCGUACGUGGUCGGAUACAAGCCCACGACCUCCCACAAAGCUCCCGAGAAGCCGCACCACCGCAGCAGCAGCUGCGCCACCAACUACGCCACCCCGUGUGACUGGAACGCGCUGGACGCGCCUGGACCCAACCCGAGUGUGCUCCUGGGCGCGCUGGUGGGCGGUCCGGACCGCUACGACGCCUACACCGACAACCGGCGCGACUACGUCAAGAACGAGGUGGCACUGGACUUCAACGCAGGCUACACGGGAGCGCUGGCGGGCCUGGCGGCUGUUGACGCCGCAAUCAAGGCCGCGGGAUGCACAUGGACCUCCUACUGCGCCCUCACCUGCACCGUGAGCGGCAACACAGCUGGCCCCUUGCCGGCCGGGCCCUCUCCCUCGUCGUCGCCCUCUCCCUCGCCUUCGCCCUCUCCCUCGCCUGUGCCUUCUCCCUCGCCUUCGCCUUCUCCCUCACCUUCACCGUCUCCCUCACCUUCACCGUCGCCGUCACCUUCACCCUCUCCCUCGUCUUCACCAUCCCCCAAGCGCUCCCCCAAGCCUUCACCCAAGCGCUCUCCCAAGCCCUCACCUAAGCGCUCUCCCAAGCCGUCUUCCAAGCCCUCUCCUCCUUUCUCCAAGCCCUCUCCCUCCCCUUCCCCGAAGCCCUCUCCUUUCCCCUCCUCCUCGCCAUCGCCCUCCCCGUCUCCCAAGCCCUCCCCCUCGCCGUCGCCGUCGCCGUCGCCCAGCCCCACCACCUCAACCUGCAGCUCGAGUGACUGGGCGUGUGCGGCAUGUGCCAACACCUGGGUUCUGGACCAGAACGCCUGCCGCACUUGCGUCUCCACCUUGCGCGCCAAGGGCUUAGACGCCGGCAAGUGCACCAACUCGUGCUCUGGCAUCGCCACCGCCGCCCUGCAGACCGUUUGCAUGGGCACCUGCGUCCCCAACUCUGCCGCGAAAGGCACUGACUGGGGCUGUAACCAGUACUGUGGGGCCUCCUCCCUAGUGGGCACAGACCCGGCCCGUGCACAGCAGUGCGCCGCCUGCGUUGCCGGAUGGUCAAAUCCGUGGGACUGUCAAAACUGCAUCGGGGUGACCAGCGACCUGUCUGACGCGGCGGCCGCUCGUGCGUCUUGCAUGACCUGCCUCACCACCACGAACAUUGGCGGCGCUGCCUGCGCCGAGUGCAACAAGCUUACAAGGACCGCCGCACGCAGUCCGUGCCAGGCGUGUGUGGCGGGCGGCAAGGCGUUGUGGGAGUGCGCACAAGCCAACGCCGGCCGCCACCGGCUGAGCUGACCUGGAGUGAUCGAUGGGAACGCAGUAAUGGCGCGCAUUAAAUCGCAAGUUAUAGCAGACUUCUGGUCUAGGUUACAAUCGUAUGUGUGUCUUGGUGCCAAACCGAGGGGGUGGGACCGAGUCUCGCCAGGCCACCCUUGGAUUGAGCGAAGAGCAGAUGGAAGUAUGAAGCUGAACAGACCACGAAGUGUCAUAAUGGAAGAGGAGGUGGAGUGAUGGCACCUAGUAACAUGUUCGGUAUGGCGGGAGGAGCGUCCUAUGGGAGCAAGCCUACUAGAGCUAGAGUAGGCCGACGGCGCUGCAGGCGGCACGCCCCUGGGGUCCAGAGCAGGGUGUUCGUUCUCCACGUCACUGGCUCGUGAACUGCGUCAGCAGGUCCCUCUUGUAACCAAUGCAAUCU